AGAGACAACGGAGGCCGAGUGCGAGCGGGGAGUGCGAGCUGGGAGGAGAGGUCGGCUAGCGCGAGGCGCCUGCGCGAUGUCGGGGCCCCCGAGCCACCCGCGCUGAGCCAGGCGGACGGACAUGCGCGGGAGGGCCCCGGGGGGCAGCCGCGGCCCUGCAGGGGAAUGAAAGCUACGGGUUGACUACAAAUUCCUAGGCUUCCCCAAGUUUGGAGACUCACGAAUAAGGCACAAUGUCAACUGCAGGUGUUGCUGCUCAAGAGAUUAGAGUCCCAUUAAAAACUGGAUUUCUGCAUGAAGGCCAAGCCCUCAGGAGUAUGAAGUCGUGCUGGGGCGGUCACAGUGAGUUUGAAAAUAACUUUCUAAGCAUAGAUCCCAUUACCAUGGCCUACAGUCUGAACUCCACGGCCCAGGAUCACCUAACAUCUAUUGGGCGUGCUUCAAAGUCCACUCGCACGAAUGGCAACCACUUUGGUGAACACCGGCCCUCUCUGAAGUCCAGCUUGCCCUCUCUUAUCAUUCCUCCAAAUGAAAACCUGGGACAACAUGAAGAGGAACAAGUUGUGUGUAGUCUCAAGAGACUGUCAGUAAAUGGGGUUUGUACUUCUACCCCUCCGCUGACCCCCAUAAAGAACUCAUCAUCCCUUUUCCCCUGUAUGGCUCCCUGUGAAAGGGGCUCCAGGCCCCUCCCCCCACUUCCCAUCUCAGAAGACCUCUCUUUGGAUGAGACUGACUGUGAAGUGGAAUUCCUAACUAGCUCAGACACAGACUUCCUGCUAGAGGACUAUACACUUUCUGACUUCAAGUACGAUAUUCCUGGCAGGCGAAGCUUCCGGGGAUGUGGACAGAUCAACUAUGCAUAUUUUGACACCCCGGCAGUUUCUGUAGCCGAUCUCAACCAGAUACCUGACCAAAAUGGAUGUGGGCAAAAUUCCAACCCUCCCCCACCUCAGAGCCACCGGAGAUUGCGAAGAUCUCAUUCAGGACCAGCAGGGUCCUUUAACAAGCCAGCCAUCAGGAUAUCUAACUACACACACCGUGCUUCUCCCAACUCUGAUGAAGACAAACCUGAGGUCCCCCCAAGGGUCCCCAUACCUCCCAGGCCAGUGAAGCCAGAUUAUAGGCGGUGGUCAGCAGAAGUUACUUCUAGCACCUACAGUGAUGAAGACAGGCCUCCCAAAGUGCCACCCAGAGAACCUUUGUCACGGAGUAACUCCCGCACACCCAGUCCAAAAAGUCUUCCAUCUUACCUCAAUGGGGUCAUGCCCCCAACACAGAGUUUUGCUCCGGACCCCAAGUACGUCAGCAGCAAAGCUCUGCAGAGACAGAAUAGUGAAGGAUCUGCUGGUAAGGGUCCUUGCAUUCUGCCCAUUAUUGAAAAUGGGAAGAAGGCUAGUUCAACACAUUAUUACCUACUACCUGAGAGACCAGCAUACCUGGACAAAUAUCAAAAAUAUUUUCGGGAAGCAGAGGAAACAAACACAACCAUCCCAAUCCAGCCACUAUCUACUGACUGCAGUCUAGUUUCAGUCACCGAAAAGCUAGAUUCAAAGACAAAAAUGGAUCUUUGUGGGCCUAUGAAACGUAAACAUUUAUCCUAUGUGGUUUCUCCUUAGAUUUCGGAGGUUAUGAUUCAGCAGAAGCUAUGUGAAAAUAAAUGGCUUCCAAGCCAUUUCUCUAGUUUGGUUGAAGUUCACAGCAAAUAUUGCCUCCAAUUGCAGAAUAAGAGUUGAACUCUCUAAAAGAGAAGUGUAGAGUAGUUGUGAGUUGUUGUUAUGCUGAGGAGCCCUGGUUUGUUAAAACUGGAGAAGAGUCUGUUCAAGUCUAUAAUUUAAAGACAUGAUAGCUGGAUGGGAAACUUUUAUGUAUACAUACAUUAUAUACCUAUAUAUAAACUUGUGGUAUAACCAUAAACCAUAGUUGCAGGUUAACCAAUUAGUUACUAUCUUAGAGUAAUAUAUUAUUCAGAAUUAUAAAAACUCAAGCUGAAGAAUGACUCCUGAUAGACUGAAAAUUGAGCGAAUGGAAGAAAAAAAAAUACAGUAUUGUUUAGAUCAGAAUCAUUAAAAUAUUAUUUCUACUUAGUAGGUUUGAAGAUUUCUCGCUUUUAGGCCUCUUAUAUUUUGUUUCACUUAUUUGUGCAGGCAGUCUUUUCCACUGAAGGCAGGAUGUCUUUUCCUAACAUGAUUCUACCUACUGAGAUUAAAAAUCAUCCCCAUACAUAAGUAACUUCCCAGUUUGGGUUUCUGUUUUGUUGAGGUGAGUGAUUACAGUUCAUUUGUCUCACAGAUUGGUUACUGAAAAUAUAUGUAGAACUAGCAAAGAAUUUACAGUUCCAAUUUUAAGGCACUCAUUGAAGCAGCUAUGGUAGCUGUGCCUUACAGAAACAGUGGGAUGCACAUGGAAAAGUAAGCAAAACUAUUCGCCAGUGGUUAGGAUGUCAGUUUUAAGCAAUAAUGGGACAAUUAGCUAGUUAAUUGAGAGUUACUGUGUGGGGAUGUAUGGUGUGUUUGUUUGUUUGUUUUAUUUUUUGGUGUUUUUUUUUUAGGCUGUAUUAAUAAACACAUACAACACAAGCUGGCCUUGUGUUGCUGGUUCCUAUUCAGUAUUUCCUGGGGAUUGUUUGCUUUUUAAGUAAAACACUUCUGACCAAUAGCACAGUAUGUCUUAAUACCAGAGGUCACAUCAGCAUCUUUCUGCUUUUAAAAUUCUCCCAGCUGGCUGCUUUAAUUCAAUUCAGUGAGACACAGAACUUGUGUUCCUUUUUCCACAUGCUUCAAUGUAUUUAUCUUGUAUAGAUAAGCACAAGAGAGAAGGUGCUCACUAACAGAGGUACAUUGCUAUAAUGUUCUCUUAACAGUUAAACAAGCUGUUUACAGUUUAAACUGCUGAAUGAUAUUAUUUGAGCUAUUUAAAGCUUAUAUUUUAGUAUGAACUAAAUGAAGGUUAAAACAUACUUUAGAAAAAUGCACUGAUUUCUGCAUUAUGUGUACAGUAUUGGACAAGGAUUUUGUUCAUUUUUGUUGCAUUAUUUUGAAUAUUGUCUUUUCAUUUUAAUAAAGUUAUCAUACUUAUUUAUGA